AGUUAUUUAUGAGAAUAAUUCCUUUUAGCAAAUAGUCAAAUACCAACAUGAAACAUUUGAAAAGUUUGUUUGGCCGGUGAGUGUUUCUGGGAUUUGCUCCCAAGGAAACCAGACGAACGAAAGGUGAUCGUAGCCAUCAAGAACACAAUCAAAGAUCAAAGAUCAAAUAUCAGAACUUUCUGUUGCGUGAUUCAAAUGGUUCAUUAGAACUGCAUCAUUAACCUGAUUCACGAUCUAUCUCCUUCUUUCUCAUUCGUCUAUCAUCAAAUCGUGAUUCAGGAAAUCGACCUACCAUUUUUGCAUCUAAUCAUGGAUCCACAAGGGCAUGGGCAGCCCCAAUCUAGCAACAUGAUGAGCAGUGUAACUCAGUUAUCAUAUGCAACAAAUCCAUACGAGUCAACUCAAUUGAGUGGGACCCCUGGGAGAGUACAAGUAGGUGGUGCAAUUCAAGCAACAAAUCAGCCUACAGCAGCUCAAUUAGCACAACAACAGUUAGCUUAUCAACAAAUCCAACAACAACAACAGCAGCAACUUCAACAACAACUCCAAUCAUUUUGGGCAAAUCAAUACAGAGAAAUCGAAAAUGUCACUGACUUCAAGAACCACAGUCUUCCAUUAGCAAGAAUCAAGAAAAUCAUGAAAGCUGAUGAAGAUGUGAGGAUGAUAUCAGCAGAAGCACCAAUUGUGUUUGCAAGAGCAUGUGAAAUGUUCAUAUUGGAGUUGACUUUAAGGUCAUGGAAUCACACUGAGGAGAAUAAAAGGAGGACAUUACAGAAGAAUGAUAUUGCUGCUGCAAUCACAAGGACUGAUAUUUUUGACUUUUUGGUUGAUAUUGUCCCAAGAGAGGAUAUUAAAGAUGAAGGUAUGACAUCCAUGCCAGCUGUCACUGUGCCAGUUGGCGGACCUUCGGAUGCUUUUCCUUAUUAUUACAUGCCAGCUCAGCAGUCACCACAGUCAGGAGCACCAGGGAUGAUGUCAAACAAGGCUAUGUUGGAUCCUGCUCUUUAUGCACAGCAGGCUCCACCUUAUAUGGGUCCCGCCAUUUGGCCACCGCCACCUCAGCAGCCUCAAUCACCCUCGGAUUCAUAGAACAUAUUUUGGAGUUUUAAAUUAUAAUUCACUUUCCAGUGAAUCCAAUGAUAUUACUGAAGCAUAUGAUGGUGGUGGAUCAUGGCUUUGUUUUUUAUUUUCUUUAAAUAAGGAAAUACAUGUUGAUUUCCCUAACAUAUGCAUUGGUUUGGGUUAGUACUUGAGAAGUCAAAACAUUUUAAUGCCAAAUCCAGUGAAAUUUUGUGUUA